GAGGCGUGGCCUGUAAGGAUCGCCCGGUUGUGUCCGGGUAAGAUGGCGUUGGAAGAGCAGUGCUCGGCACCACCCCGAUGGCGGUCCAUAUCGGUGACACACGUAGAGUUUCCCGAGGAUGAUCUGACGGGACAGGUGCUCGCCUACAUCACCCUCCUUCCCAUUGCCAUCAUCGUGGGCUUUGUUACGCUGAUUGUGUUUAAAAGAGAGCUGCACACGAUCUCGUUUUUCAGCGGUUUCCUCCUCAACGAAGGACUGAACUGGACGCUAAAGCGCAUUAUCCGCGAGCCACGGCCAUGUGCAGGAGCUCACUCGUUGCUGAUCUCGGAUUAUGGGAUGCCCUCCAGUCAUUCCCAGAUCAUCUGGUUCUUUGUUGUUUACUUCUUUCUUUUCCUUUAUUUAAGAAUGCAUCAAACGAACAACGCCCGAUGUGUGGACCUGCUAUGGAGACACAUCCUGUCCAUCCUUCUGCUAGGCUUGGCCUUAUCAGUCUCAUACAGCAGGGUGUACCUGCUCUAUCACAGCUGGAGCCAGGUGUUCUACGGCGGCGUGGCCGGCACCACUGUCGGCAUCAUCUGGUUCUUUUUGACGCAAGAAGUGCUGACCCCGUUAUUCCCCAAAAUAGCAGCGUGGCCCGUAUCUGAGUACUUCCUGGUGCGCGACACCAGCUUGAUUCCCAACAUCUUGUGGUUUGAGUACACAGUCACCCGCUCUGAGGCCAGGAACAGACAACGAAAGCUCGGAACAAAACUUCAGUGAUGCGCUCGGCUUCUUUGUGAACACACAUCUCAUGCACACAAACACACACACACAGGAGAAGCGACUUCUGGACUUUUGACACGGUUGCUGGGUAGAAAAAGGGCAAAAAGCGCGUCCACACGUGUCGUCCUCAUGCAGCUCGCCCGUAAGCUCCUCAGUGCAUGCAAGACUGUGCAAGAGGCGAACUAUUUAAGCAUAGAUUAAUAUAUAUCUAUAUUUCAACUACGCACGCUGACGGUUACCGAAGUCAAGGAGCCAAAAUGGAGGCUUUACUUAAAAGAAGAAAAAAAAAUGCAUCCAUUUGGCAUCGUUGCAGCAUGUUUAUUUCCCAUUCUUUUCUUACAUAAGACUUUUAUAAAAUUGGUUUACUUGUAAAUCUACAUAACAACGCACUUUGUAGAAAAACAAAAAAACAAAGACAAGAAACAUCUACGGUAACACUAGUCAAAUUAGGACACGCCCCUUUUAUUAUUAUUUUUUGUCUCAUUUCUGCCUCUUCUAUUUGCCUCCACUUCUUUUCUAGCCUUUCCUGAAUAAUUCUCCCUGAGGUGUUUAGCUACAGGUGUUUGAAGGAGAAUCAUUCAUUUGUUCAAACAUAAUAGUGAACACCUAAUGUUUUGUCACAAGCAGAGCUAAUACUUGAACAAUAUCUAAAGCUUAAUUUUUUUUGUGGCUUUUUACCUGUUCAACUUUAUUAUAGGAUAAGUAUAAAAAUACAACCCAGUAACAGAUGCUGCAACAUAAAAGUUCCAUUCAUAGACAGACCUAAGAAAUGCAAAUGUUUGUUUUAUUCCAGUGUAUUCCCAAAUAAUCUCAUUCAAUUCCACGCAAAGCAUUUUUCUACUUCAGGGUUCAUUGCAGGUAAUUUCCUUUUGGACCAAUGUGGUGUUUUUUAACGCAAUGCCUCAUGUAGUAGCAGCCGGGAAACAGAAUUUAGUCAACUCUUUUUUUUAAUUUUUUUUUUUACACCUGCAUUUCCAAGACAACAUUCCAUAUCAUGUCGGAAACAUCAUGACUGCCGACAGGACAAACUUUCCUUUUUUUGUAUCAUUUUUGAAAAAAGGGAAACAAGAGAAAAAGCCUCAGGUCAGUCGUGUAGCAUGUGAGAAUGAGAAUGAUGAUAAUUGUCAUGUCAUUAGCACCACAAAGGGAAGUGGUUCUCUUAAGUUUUUUUUUUUCAUUUGUAACCUUUUAUCGGGCUGAAUAAACAUGUUUAUGUACA